AGGAAUUCGGGCUACUUUUACGACAACAACAACAAACCUUUACGACCUAACGGACAUCACGCCUCCGGCAACUCCACUGCUAUCAUGGGAGCUCAUUGGAAGCGCGAAAAGGUGCAGGACCACAAGUUCGACUUUAUCAAUGUCGAUGACUUUAUAGACAACUCGUGCUGGCUACAGUUCCGGUACAUGCUCGUGUUUGCAGCCAUCAUGAGAGGCAUUCUCGUGUACUGUUCCGACAUCUUCACCGCCGUCAACUUGCUGACCAACUCGAGUCAGACUUCCUUUAUCCCCAAAACCGGCAUCGAGCUCGAUCUCCUUGGCAAGUUGCCCUUCGACGUCUACAAAUAUCUGUUCUCGGUCUGCAUUCUCCUGGGCUUCGUGCUCUUGGGCUUGGAGAUUCGUAGGGCGAAGAUGAUCAUCGCCUCCAGAGAUAUCUCCUAUGCGUUUACGUCCCUGAUCGCCAGUCGCUAUUACACUGUGAGAUCGUAUCCACAUUUUUGCCUCUUUUCUCAGAUCAACAAUUCGAAGAAGACGGUGGAUGAGAUCGCCUUUUUCUGCUUCUUUACUUUCCGAAACUGGAAGCGACUCAUGUUGGCAGACGCACCCCGACAGGUCAUCAAUGCAACCGUUCUCUAUCAGGUGUUCCACAAUCAUCUUGAUAAUACUUUUUUCGAUUGGAACAUUGUAGUCGGCAGGGGUGACGAUCUUAUCUUCAAGAAGAUCACCCUCGGAGCCAUGAUGUUCACAGUCGCCAUGUUUGCGCUCUCGUUGAUUAUGCUCAUCAGCGCAGUCAUCCUGUAUAUUCCCUUGGUCAGCCAUAUCCAGGGUAACCUGAAGGAAUACUGCUGCCACAAGAUUGAUAAGCGGUACGUCUUAGUCCUUGCUCAGGGUCAUGUCCUCAGUAGCAAACAAAUAGACUAACCGUAUAUUUUUUUUGUGUCAUGGCUGUUAGUAUCGAUGAGUUGAUCAAGAAAAAGACAAAGAGCAGAGCAACAGAGGCACUUAACGCCCAGGCAAAGGGAGGAA